UCAACCCGGAAGUAGAACGAGAGUCGCUGCUGAAAAUGUUUACAUUCACUUUAACGCUCGUACGACAUGGGGAAACACAGUACAACAGGGAAAAGCUGCUGCAAGGACAAGGUGUGGACACAGUCCUGUCAGAAACAGGUUUUCAGCAGGGUGAGGCUGUAGGACGAUACCUCAGCGACAUCACAUUCAACAAUGUGUUUGUCAGUAACCUGCAACGAGCUGUACAGACAGCUGAAAUAAUUCUGAGGAACAACACUCACUGUUCUGGCACGGAGAUGGUUUUGGAGCCAUUACUCAGAGAGAGGGGUUUUGGCAUCGCUGAAGGACGUCCCAAAGAGCAUCUGAAGAACAUGGCCAACGCUGCCGGCCAGUCAUGCCGGGACUACACCCCUCCGGAAGGAGAGACUUUGGACCAGGUGAGGUUGCGAUUCAAAAAAUUCCUCAAAGUCCUUUUCAAGCAAAUGUCGGAUGAACACGGCUGGUCCAGACCAGACGCCCCCGCAGAAGCUUCAGAAGCCGGUGGCUCUGCGAAAGGGACCGCAGCUGCUGCCUCAGACGUGGCUCUUGGGGGUUCGGCUGACGACGGUCUCCAGGGAGUUUCUGCCCACGUUCUGGUUGUGAGCCACGGCGCUUACAUCCGUGUGGCCAUCAAGCACCUUGUAGAGGACUUAAAGUGCUCUCUGCCUGCAGGGGUGAAGAUGUCCCAGCUGUUUUCACCCUGUCCAAAUACGGGCAUCAGUCGGUUCAUCCUCACUCUGAGCCAGUCCGAGUCCGGCCCGGUCCUCUCCGCUGCUCGCUGCGUCUUUACCAACCGGAAGGAUCACCUGGAAAACCUUGCGGCUGCUGAGUAGUACAAAAGGGAAAGAAACGGGAUAGAGGUUUUAUGCACGGAGUAUGCGUACUGUUGUGUGGACGGGAACAAUCAUGAACACAAAAGGGAAAUAUGAGGCAAAGACCUCCAAGUUACCACAGGUAACUUGAAUGCAACAAUGCACAUGGUAAUUUGUGUUUUUUCAAUAAUCAAUAGUGUUUUAAUGUGGAUCAAUGUAUUUGUGCAGUACUGUUUUAUCAAACCGUUUCAUCCUCCUCCUCCUAACUGAGGGCCAGUCAGCACUCCUGUUGGGCUACUUCUUUAAUAUUUUAUUGCCUCUUUUAUCAUGUUAUACCAAAGUCAGAACUAUUUAAUGUAUAAUUGAACACUGUCAGUGGGUGUGGCAUUUUCAAGUUGACGUGUCUCAUUUUACUUGUGCAAUACAACAUGACAACACUGAGUCUUUAGAGUUUCAUUCAUACAUAGAUAUAGAUAAAAGAAAAUGAUACAGUUUGCACAUACGACAAAAUGCUGUGUAUUUGUUGCUGGGUGCUACAUAUUCACAUGUGUUUCAGGCUCCUUAGUAUUCAAUAGAAAUAGUCAGUCAGUUUUUAAUCUCCACUGAAUGGCUGAGCUGUUCUGGAGUCCGUCAUCAGUCCAGUCAUAGAUGGCCUCAAUAUUUCAAACCCAUUCUGAUCUACUUAUGUUAAUACUGCAAAGUACAACCCUAAAAACUGAAGGCGUCUCAUUGAACAUAAAUGCACUUUUACUGUUCUGAUAUAUAAUAUGUAACUGGAAAUACGUAGGAGACUCUAGUCUCUAGAUUGCUGUGUUUCAUUACAUUUGACAUUACUUGCAUACAGGGGCAUGACCAGGGGGGGGGGCUGAAAUCUGAUUGGCCACCUCAUUAUUCUUACCUCUUCCACUCUGUGUUGUCUUUCAGAUGCUGUAGUGGGCUCUGUUUUAAAGCUAGAGUGAAGUGAUAUGAAACCAUGUUAUGUUAUGUCGGUAAGUGGGCUAAAUAACGCUUUAAAGUUGGCAUGGCCACUUUCAAAGGGAUCCCUUGACCUCUGACCUCAAGAUAUCUGUAUGAAAAUGCAUUAUAUGGGUACCCACGAGUCUCCCCUUUGCAGACAUGUCCACUUUAUGUUAACCCCAUGCAGAUUUGAGCAUAAACCAUGCAGUUUUUUUCGCACGUUUUAUAAAUGUGUUAUUUUUGCCUUGUAUCUAAUGUAUUAGAAUAUUUCUGCAUACUGGGGUCCAUAAACUGUUGGAAUUGCAUGAAUUGGGAAUGACUGAAAAGCUGAGACACAUACUUCAUGCCCCACCCCAGUCAAAAAAAAAGUCUGGAAACACCCCUGUUUGCAUACAUAUAAUGUAUUGUCAAUUAUUUACUACUUACUGGUUGAUACACGUGGAGUAUUUUUGUGUCUCUAGUUAUGCAGUUGUGCUGCUCAUUUGACUUGUGCAAUAUAACAUGACACUGAAACAACCC